AUGGAAAAAGUAAAUAAUCAAGAUGCUAGUCUUCAAGAAGAGCCCCCAAAACCACGCCAGCAAACAGAUAUUAGAGGUGCAGUUAGUCUUGUAUCCUCUCGAGGUUUUGAGCAAAAAGGAAUUUUCAUAAUUUCGGUAUUUUUAUUUGCCUUCUUUAGUGUUUUACUUGCUCAAUCUAUCUUAACAAAGUCAACUGUAUUUGUUCAAAUCGCUUUUAUUCAGUUAUUGCAUUUCGCUCUUUAUGCAAUUAUAUUAUUAACAGAUUAUUAUACAACUUUACCGCCAGAUGAAUGCCAUACAUAUGGAUAUGCUAGAUCCAUGAUUGUUUGCUGCUUUUCAGUUUCAUUAACAGUUAUUUUAUUUGCAUGCUCACUUUUGUUAGAUUCCCUCAAAGAAUUCUUAUCAUCCGUUGCUCCAGAUGCAUCUCUUUCAGUCGAACAUCCAUCUUUCUCACCAGUUAUGCCAAAUAUUUUCGCACUUAUUGCUUACGGAAUUUCAGCAUUAUUACUUAGCCAAUACAGAUCUAAUCCUUCGCAGAGCAAAUACCCACAUUUCCAUGCUGCAUUUUUAGUAGCAAUUUCCGGAAUUUUACAUUCUUUAUCCAAGUUAGUUACGGCAUUCUUACCUUUCCCAUCUGUUCCAGAACAUGUGUCUGAGCAGGCCAUUCCGUUACUCAACGGUCUUAUUGCAUUAUUUAUUAUAGAUCGAGCUCGCGAAUUAUUAGUUCCAAGUUUCUUCGUUUUAAUGCAAGCAACACCAGAAAAACUCUUAGAAAUUACAGAUUACAGCAUCAGCGAAACAUUUAUCGAUAAAAUGGUUAGAGAAGUCUCUCAUUUCGAAGGAGUUUUGGAUUGUAAGGCUCCUCACUUCUGGGGAUUAACAUUUACAGACUAUGUUGGGUCACUUCACAUUAGAGCUAAGAAUGAUGCAAAUGAACAACACAUUAUUCAACAAGCUCAUGCUAAAUUCGACCCAAUAGUUGGACAUUUCACUGCCCAAGUUGAUAAGGACCACUGGGAUACUACUGUUCGUGAUAAUUAA